CCCGCUCCUAGUCAGCUGGGUCUGCAGGCAUGGGGACCGUCGGCUGCUGGCUGAAUCUUUUGAAGACAAACUCCCGUGUUACUCUCAGAAUUAGGAACGGAGUGAUACGAGAUGACGGUCGACUGUUCCCUGACCGCUGCAGGGAGUCGUGGUGCAGAGGUGGCUCAAGAAGAUACAUUACAAGAAAUCAGUCCACCCGAGUGCAGGCUGCAGGAGCCAGAUCACGAGCAAGAACUUCCACUAGCAAGAACUCAGCCCAAGAUCAAUCUGGGAAUGCUGAAUCGUGCCACCCACACUCUUCUGUACUACCGCCAGUGUGCUCACCACUCUAACCGGAAAGAUGAGUGCCAGAAAGUCAAUUCCGUCCAAGUCUACAACCUUAUCCUCCAGGGAUAUGCUAACAAGAAAAAUUUCAAGAAGAUGACAGAACUUUUCAGAUGCCUUAAGGAGGAUGGAAUAAAUCCAGAUGCAACCACUUAUGCAUUGAUGUUGAGCUGCUUGGGUCAACAGGAAGUGUCUGAAAAUAAUACACAGAUCAUCAGGCUAUAUUUAGAAGACUUAAACAAAGAGGACUUUACAUUAGAGGAUGUGUUCAGCCAAGCUGAGGUUCUUGAGCAUGAUUUGAAGUGUGCACUCCAGGCAGUCACUCAGGUUGAUCCAAAUUUUGGGAUUGAGCAAGCCAGGACAGAAACCAAGUAUUCCUGUAACUUGGUCAAUAAUCUCAAUACAACUAUGCACUCCACCAAGGUGCCUUCUCCAGCUCAUGGGAUUGUGACUCAGGAGAUGCUGAAUAAAUGGAUAAAGGAACAGUUUGCACUUGAGACCAGUAGUCAGUUAGUCAUCAACAGCAUUGAAAAGAAAGAGGAGUCAAAGGACACUCACCAUUAUAGAAAAAUUCUUGAGGAUUGGGAAGAGAAAUGGAGGAGCGUGCUACAUCAAACAUUCAUCACCCAGCUGGGGGUAAUGAAAAAAUCAUUUUAUGGCAGUGGUUUGGACAAAAGAAUGACCAUCUAUCCUUAUCUUGUGAGCCUUCCACCUGAAGAGUUCAUCAGUGUAAUGAUGCAGGAAAUUCAGAGACUUGCCCGAGGAUCAGAAAGCUUUUCCUUCACCAAAUACAUGAUGUUUCGUCGCCUUGGGGAGCUGGUAUACAUGCGUUAUGUGGUAAAGUACAAGAAGGAAGUUGGAGUGCUCGACAAACUUAAAGAUGUCUAUAAAGAUUACACUGCUUGGUACCUGGACAAUGAGAAAGAAAAUGUUACAUACAUUCCUCGUGUGAGAUGGCAGGAGCUGGCUGAUUCAUACUGCAAUGGCCCAGCGCUGGAGCACAGUCCUGUGGAGUGGCCCAAUACUGUUUUGACAUCCAUUGGCAAAUUCAUGUACUCAAUUAUUCUUCUGAAAGUGAUGCUAUGGAAUCCCCUUCAUUUAGAAAAGCAUGUGUAUCCUGCUAUAUAUGAGGUGGAACGAACUAAAGGAUACCGUACUGUGGAUGAGAUCAAACCAUCACCAUCUCUGGUAGAGCUGUACCAGAAGGCUGCCAAACCCACCCUCACCUUUGAGUCUAUCGUGUCCCCCAUGGUCUGUCCUCCAAUACCAUGGGUUUCUACAAACUUAGGAGGAUACCUACUGAAUGAUGCCAAAAUUGUGAGGUUACCUUACAGUGCUUACCAGCAGAAACAACGAAUGGAAGAGUGUGGGAAUCAACAGCUGUAUCCAAUAAUGGAUUCCCUUAACCAGCUGAGUUCAAUUCCAUGGAGGGUCAACAAACCCAUGCUCGAAAUCAUCAUUGAGCUCUUCAACAACAAUGGAUGUGAAGAACUAGAUAUCCCCCAGCCACCAUCACAGUGCCCUCAGCCACAGAAGAUCCAGCCUGGCAUGAGCAGCAUUGAAAUACACAAGAUACGGAAUCAGCGGGUAGACUUUGAACAGAGGAAGAAUGAAAUGCAUUCUCUAUGGUGUGAUGCAUUGUACAAACUUUCCUUAGCUCAUCAUUUUAAAGAUCGAAUAUUUUGGUUUCCUCACAACAUGGACUUCCGUGGAAGAGUGUAUCCCUGCCCUCCUCAUCUCAAUCAUCUUAGCUCAGAUGUGUGCUCGAUCCUCAAAUUUGCUAAAGGAGAAAAGCUGGGUCCAAAUGGUCUAAGGUGGCUCAAGUUGCAUCUUAUAAAUCUGACAGGAUUCGUAAAGAGAGAGCCUGUUGAUGAGCGCAUUAAUUACUGUGAGUCAAUAAUAGAAGACAUCCUGGAUUCUGCUGACUAUCCUCUCACAGGCCGCCGCUGGUGGACCAAGAGUGAUGAACCGUGGCAAACACUGGCAGCUUGUAAAGAGCUAGCAACAGCCCUUCGUAGUGGUAAUCCAGAAGAAUAUGUUUCCCAUUUGCCUGUGCAUCAAGAUGGCUCAUGCAAUGGACUCCAACAUUAUGCUGCUCUGGGAAGGGACAAAAUUGGUGCGAUAUCUGUCAACCUGGCACCCAGUAAAGCGCCACAGGAUGUGUAUUCAGAUGUUGCUGCAUUGGUUGAAACAGAGAGACAAAAGGAUGCUGCAUCAGGUAAUCCAAUAGCCAAGGUACUGGAGGGUCAUGUCAAACGCAAAGUCAUCAAGCAGACUGUCAUGACAACUGUGUAUGGAGUGACAAGAUACGGGGCACGACUCCAGAUAGAGAAACAGCUAAAAGCUUUGGAUGAUUUUCCUGCUAGUCAGCGAUGGGCAGCUUCACAUUACUUGGUGCACAAAACCUUCCUUUGCCUUGAAAAAAUGUUCACUUCAACCAAGGAGAUUCAAAAUUGGUUUACAGAUUGUGCUAAGAUUGUAUCUGAGACUAGGAGUGAAAAUUUGGAAUACAUCACACCUUUGGGAUUGCCUGUGGUUCAGCCAUAUAGCAAGUUUGUUGGCGACCAAAUCUCCAUAGGAAAAUUACCAUCAACAUUCUACACAGACUCUUUUAUGAAACCAAAUGUAAUGAAACAGAAAAAUGCAUUUCCCCCCAACUUCAUCCAUUCCCUGGACUCCUCACAUAUGAUGCUGACUUCUCUUCAUUGUCAGCAAGCUGGCAUUACCUUUGUAUCAGUGCACGACUGUUUCUGGACCCACGCCUGCUCUGUUAACAUCAUGAACAAGAUUUGCAGGGACCAGUUUGUUGCUCUUCAUAAAGAACCAAUUUUGGAAGAUCUUUCUAGAUUUUUACAGAAAAAGUUUGGACUGUCCAAGGGUGAUUUUGCCUAUGAUGGUUCUGCUUUGGAUUCUUCAAAAAUGAAGCUCAACAGUAUUGUAAAGCAAGUUCCAACUAAAGGAGAAUUUAAUAUAGAUAAUGUUAUAGAGAGUGUAUAUUUCUUUUCAUAGUAAAUUAUAUUUGUAUAUGAAA